AUGGACCUCACCGACGAAAAGAAGUUCAAGUAUUCCGAGGUGGACGUCGAGUCUCGUGAACUCCGGAGCCUGUUGAAAAAGGUGAUUGGAGACUCUUACCCGGGCCAAAGUUGGGAAGGGAAUACUAUCAAUUUGAUAGCCCCCUUCGCGCCUGUUGUCCACUAUUGGAAAGAGCUCUCUGAAGCAAGCAAGGAGAUCAACGCCAAAGACACCCCUGGAAUCAAAGCCGCGAGGAAGGAUCUUCACAGUCUCCUUGAGUGCAUAUCGACCUGCACUGAAUUGGAGUCCUACUUUAAAACUCGGGAUUCAAAUCUGGAGUCCCACACGGUCACCUACCAAACCAUCUGGACCCUGUUUCGGCCAGGUACCUUGGUCGUUGCGAGACCCUUUAUGAACCUCUCUCAGGUCUUCGAGGUGAAGGCGUCACCGGAUCCAUGGGAAGAUCGAAGACUCAACAUCGAAUGCUGGUGCUACGAUUGGAACGGGAGAGAGAUCGUCAGAGUUACCUUCGAAUUCCCUAUUGAAAAAUUCAGGGGCACGAAAGAGAUCAGUUCUCUGUUCUGUUACCCCUUGGAGUACUAUAGAGACGACAAGGGGAACUUCGAUCAGUGCCUUCGUGGCCCCGGCAUCCCGUUGCUUGGAAAGUAUGAGCCCACAGAUGUCGAGCCUUCCAGCCAAGCCCACGGUCAAGGCGUCGAUGAAGAGGACUACCAGUGCCUCCUAUACCCACCUAGGGUGCUGGGAUACGCAACCCAACAGAAGAUGUGGGCCCAGUUCAUUGUCAACAACACGGCCCUUGUGUCAUCCGAGCUCUCGAGAGCAUUCGAGGACAAGCUCGAACUGGAUCAGAAGGACAAGAAUAUGAUCAAGGCGCUCGUGGAAAAUCAUGAAAGCAGCAAGGAUACAAAUCAGACGCAGGUGAAUGACAUUAUCGAAAGCAAGGGCAAAAACCUCGUGAUACUAUUGCAUGGUCCCCCAGGCGUUGGCAAAACGCUCACGGCAGAGACCAUUGCAGAGGCGACCGGGAAGCCACUCUUGGUCGUCACGGUUGCUGAAAUUGGUCUGGAGGCGUCGAAGGCAGAGAAAAGCCUGGAGCAAAUAUUUUACCUUGCCGGGGCGUGGGAGGCAAUACUGUUGAUUGACGAAGCGGAUGUCUUUCUGGAAUCUCUGCUGCUCCGCGUACUCGAAUAUUUUGAAGGGGUGAUGAUCCUGACGACGAACCGUAUCACCUCUCUUGACAUUGCCGUGCAGUCGCGCAUCCAUCUGGCGAUCCGGUACAACGACCUAACCAAGGACCAGAAGAUCAAGAUCUUCAACAUCUUCCUCAGCCAGCUCGUCAAGGACGGCAGAGUGGACGUCGACGGCAUCGACGAGUGGAUCCGCUGGGUCGGCAGCGAGGCCGAGGUCAACGGCCGCCAGAUCCGCAACAUCGUGUCCUCGGCGUACCUACUGGCGCGCAGCCAGCACCGGAACUUGCGCCGCGAGGAUCUCCAGGACGUCAACGGCAUCAUGAAGAAGUUCCAGAAGCAGUUGGAGACCUUGACCGCGGCCGCGAGGAAGCAGAAUGAGGGCCAGUUGAAUACAGGUGGAUAUGGAUAG